CCUCCUUUUGAUAUUGCCUUCCAAUGAGGUAACAAACAAUUGUCCUCGUAAUAGCUGAUACAUUACAGAAGUUAAUGUUUUGCUUUUUUUUGCAUGUUAUAGGUUUAACCACGGUGCGAUAAUGAACAGCUUUUAGAAUCAUUGUAAAGUUCCAUCUCCAUAAUCCUUCCAUUGUUCAACGGGUGAAACGCGACUCCAAACUGGCUUAGUCAGUGUCUAAGCAACGACGCACAAUAACAUUGUAGCACCGAAAAUAAAUAAUAUUUUUUUUGCUCCAUUAGAUUUUUUUUUUUUUUAACUAUCUCCAAAUUACUGAGGGAAACGACAAAAAAAACGACGUCUACGAGGAUUUCAUUUGACAUUUUACCGAGUUGUUUUGUCUUCGCGUCAUUCCUGGUGAAAAUGUAUGGGCGCGCUCCUAGAGUUACCUACCUCACCGUGGGCAGCACCACGUCCGAAGUUGGGCCGGGAUCAUACGAGGUCAUUCAAUACAAAACCAACAAAUCAGAUGGCUAUGCUCCGUUCCUCUCACUCUCCAAACGGCCCUCUAUGUUCCACAGAUCCAGCAAUGACAAAGCCUUGCCUGGACCGGGACAAUACAACAGCUCACAUAGCAAGGAUAACAUUCUGGGAGGACAAAGUCUAAAGAAUCGAUCAAAGCGGUUUGAUGAGGUGGUGUCAGAAGUCCCGGGCCCUGGAACGUACAACGUUCGACAGGCAGCAGGAAACACACUGAGGGGAGCUGAGAGUGAGCCUCCGGGGAAGAGACGCACUAAGGUGUGGCUUCGGGGUGUUCCUACUCGCCUCAAGUUCCUGCCACAGCCAGACAUUCCUUCCAUCCCGUCACCUGGGCAGGCCUUUGGCUAUGAAGACAAUGGACAGGGAUUUCUUUGCAAGCAAAAGGCACCAGAAAAGGACGAUACAUUAGGACCUGCUUUCUACAACCCAGUGGUGGCAGAAACCAGCUUCUCUCUGAAGUACAAAGGCGUCCAUUUUGGGAAGAUGACAGGGAAGCGAGGCGAGGUGAAGGGAGAAGAGAGCCCUGGACCAGGGCAAUAUGAUCCUGAAGAGUAUUCCACGACGGAGUACGAGAACGUCAAUGUGAGGAAGGGGCAGAAGAGUCGGGCCGAGCUGGUCGUUCCACGCUACCACGAGAUUGUCACUUUGCAGGAGGAGAAGAAGGGAGUGCCAGGUCCAGGCCAGUACCACAUCAGGAGUCAGUUUGAGAAGCCGAACAGCCCGUACAGCAAUCUACCUGUCUUCAGCCCUCCUUUCCUCUCUCAGGCGCAGCGGUUCAGUCCUGUGAAGGAACUGGCUCCUCCUGUAGGUAUGUACAAUGACCCGCGCUGUGCUCUGGAGAUCCUCAAGAAGACCACUGGAAUGCAGAGAAAUCCCUUUGGUCUGACUGCUGUUCGGUUCCUCCCUGACAGCCGGAAACAGUCCACUCCAGGUCCUGGUGCCUAUAAUAUGUUUGAAUAUGGCCUGGCCCAGGACAGCAUAAAAAAGGCUUACCUAGAGAGUACCAGGAAGGGAGGCUUCGGCUCGACAGCCCAACGCAGUCUCGUGUUCCACAAAAAUGAAGAGGUCCCUGGGCCUGGCCAGUACAAGGUGGAGAAGAAGACAGAGGAGCUGUACAAGAAGCAGCACACAGCAGCAUUCAAGUCGGCCACAGAACGACUGGCCAUAUCCCUGGUGGCUAAAGACACUCCUCCUCCCAGCUCCUACAACGUGCGGGAGUCUUUUGAGAAGACGUAUGGCCGCGCCUCCUUCUCAGAACCAAGGAGCGAGGGGGGCAGGAGACGCCAGAGCUCAUUCCUGAGCGCAGCACCCAGACACUCCUCCUUCUUGAGCUACGAUCCGGACUUCCCAGGUCCAGGUCAGUAUAGUCCUGACAUCAAGUCCAGUCCCCAGAUGGCUCUGAUCGUGUCCAGGGAGGAUCGCUUCAAAGGCCCCAAGAACACCAACCCCGGCCCAGGCACCUAUGAGCUCAGCCCAGCGAUCAUGGACACGGUUCUGAAGGGCACGUUCAACGUAACCCUCAACAACCCGCUGAGCAACCACUACCCUGCCCCUGACCUAUUGAGCGCCGUGCCGCCGCCGCCGCUCACCCUCAGCAGUGUAUAGAGCAGGGUCAAAGGGAGCGUUUUGGAGGAAACCACAGACUGCCCUGAUGUUUCAGCAUUGGGAAAUACAAUUCAAAUAAAUAGAUGUUAAACAAUAAAUGUUUAUUUUACAUUAAUUUGUAAACACAUUGAUAAUUCUUCAACAACCUUUAGAACAGGGGUAAAACUAGAUUUAGCUGCAGGCCAAUUUCUUUCUGAGCGGGUGGCCAGAACAUGAUUUUUUAUCAUUUAUACACUGCAAAUUGAUUGCAAGUAAGCCCGAAUAAGAUAUUGUAUUUGACAAUAACAUGGUAAUUUCUUACCUUUGAUUACACAGAGACACGCUCACAUCUCCCACUGGGCCCACCAUGUCAUUUGGUUGAGACGGUGAUCAAUGAGAUUACAACCUAUAUCCACCCACUCAAAAAAGACAGCCAAAAGUUAGUUGAAUUACCAAUGUGUUAUCACUGUGCUUUCAACCAUCUAAAUGCACAACCAAAUUCCAAUGGAAUAACAAUGUCCAACAUAUCAUUGAUCAAUUUGUAGCCCAACUAGAAUUAAAGCCAGACUCAGUCAGUAUCACCAAUGGAACUGUCCAAGCAGAAUAUACAUAUAUUUGGUUGUGUUGACAACCAGACACAGUUCAAUACCCAGUUUGUCUACAAAUGAA